AUGGAUCAAAGGGUGCUUGAGGCCAUGUUGCCCUAUUUCACCCAGCUCUACGGCAACGCCUCCAGUGUGCAUACCGUCGGGCAGGAAGCGCGUUAUGCGCUGGACGGCGCUCGUGAACGUGUCGCCCGGGUGCUCAACUGCCGUAACCGCGAGAUCGUUUUCACCAGCGGCGGCACCGAGUCCGACAACGCCGCCAUUCAGGGAGCGGCUACUGCUUUGGAAGAAACGGGCCGCCACGUCAUAACCGCCAGCACCGAGCAUCACGCCGUGUUGCACGCCUGUCAGGUGCUGGAAAACCGCGGCUGGGAGGUUACCUACCUUCCCGUUGAUGACUUCGGGCAGGUUGACCCUCAGCAGGUUUACAACGCCAUAACGAACGAGACCACCGUCGUCUCGGUCAUGUACGCCAACAACGAAAUCGGUACCAUCAACCCCAUUGCCGACAUAUCGGCCGCCGUGAAAACCAGAGCCGCCGAAUUCAACCGCACUAUCGUAAUGCACACGGACGCCGUCCAGGCUGCCGGCUAUCUUGACCUUGAUGUCCGUAAACUGGGCGUAGAUAUGCUGACCCUGUCGGGCCACAAAUUUUAUGGCCCCAAGGGCGUGGGCGUGCUGUUCAUACGGCGCGGCGUGCCGUUCCUUCCGCUCAUCACCGGAGGCGGUCAGGAACGCGAGCGGCGAUCAGGCACCGAAAACGUAGCUGGCAUCGUUGGUUUGGCGGUGGCUCUGGAGUUGGCCGACAGCGAACGCGACGCUAUUGGAGCCCGCUGCCUGGCGCUGCGUGACCGGAUCAUAGCCGAGAUUUCCCGACGCAUACCAAAUUGCGUCCUCAACGGGCAUCCCACCGAACGGCUGCCCAACAACGUGAAUUUUUCUUUCGCCGGCGUUGAAGGAGAACCUGUUUUGCUGGGGCUGGAUCUGCAGGGCAUAGCGGCCAGCAGCGGCAGCGCCUGCAGCAGCGGCUCCCUCGAACCUUCCCAUGUGUUGCUAGCUUUGGGUCAAACCGCCGACGUAGCCCGCGGGUCGCUGAGGAUCACUUUGGGCAAGGACAAUAAUGAUUCCCAGGUGGAUCGGCUCAUGGAUGUAUUGGUGGGGUUGGUCGACGACCUGCGGGCAUUGCCGACUCUCAGCGGAACGGCCAAUGACUAA